AUGGCCAUUUAUAAGAAGAAAAUUACUGUCGAGGACAGUGCCAUUACUUCGGGUGUUCAUUUAACCUUGCAACAGUCCUUGCUUCCCAAUGCAUUAGUCACUAUUCUGUUCUUCCUUUGGGGCUUUGCUUAUGGCCUGCUCGAUACUUUGAACUCCCACUUCCAAACCACACUCAACAUCACAGCUACUGAGUCUAGUGGCCUGCAAGCUUCGUACUUUGCAGCAUAUUUCAUUUGCCCGUUGACCAUUUCGGGAUGGAUUGUCCGUCGAUAUGGUUUCCGAGUCACAUUCAUGACUGGUCUUGCCGUUCUUGCCGUUGGAUGUCUUCUGUUCUGGCCCAGUGGUGUGAAGAGAUCAUUUGGAGGCUUCUGCGGUAGCAUGUUUGUUGUCGGGGCCGGCUUGUCCACUCUUGAGACUGCAGCAGAUCCAUUCCUUGCCAUUUGUGGGCCUCCCAAGUAUAGCGAGAUACGAUUGAACCUAGGACAGGCAGUCCAGGGUGUCGGUACUUUCGUUGCUCCCCUUCUGGCCUCUCGAGUCUUCUUCGCCAACACCGUGGACACCAAUGCCGGGCUGAAGAAUGUUCAAUGGACCUAUCUCGGAGUGGCCUGCUUUGUCGUCUUGCUGAUUAUCCUGUUCUGGCUUGCGCCUUUCCCCGAGAUCACAGACGCGGAUCAAGAGGCACUUGAAGGGCAGAUUGAUCAGAAUGAGGAUGUGGGUCCUUUCAAGAAGCAGACUAAUCUGUUCUUUGGUGUCUGGAGUCAGUUCUGCUACGUUGGAGCGCAAGUUGCUGUGGCUGGAUACUUCAUCAACUUUUGCGAGGAGUCUGGCCGCGACUCUGCUACAAGUUCGGACUUGCUGGCGGUGGCACAAGGCCUCUACGCCGCCAUGCGUUUCAUUGCUAGUGGUUUGAUGAUGAUGAAGGCAUUCAAGCCUCGAUAUAUGCUGACCGUGUAUCUGGUUCUUUGCGUGAUUUUCUCGAUCGCAGCUAUGACAACACACGGCACUACUUCCGUGGCCAUGAUAAUUCUUGUCCUGAGUUUCGAGUCUUGCUGCUUCGCCACCAUCUUCAGUCUUGCACUGCGUGGCCUUGGUCGUCAUACCAAACUCGGUGGAUCCAUGCUUGUGGCCGCCAUCUCCGGCGGCAUGGUCUUUCCACCGAUGAUGGGCGCCGUCGUGACCCGGGUCAACGCCCACACAGCCAUGGCCAUCCCCAUGAUGGGAUACAUUCUCGCGCUAGUGUUCCCGAUUUACGUGAAUAUUUAUAAAAAAGACAGCAUGGAUCUGCAUCGCAACACGGAGAUCAACGUCACUGUCCAGGUGGACAAGGAGUAUGCCCUAGAGGAAGGCCCAUGCAAGCCUGCUGCCGUGAACGUGGAGACGGUCGAAGAUAGGCCCGCCUCGAAGUGA